AUGGAGAUUCAUAUAGGGAGAGCAAUCAAGAAGUUCAAGCAGUUGACGAAUGGACGAAAAAAUGAUCUUUUUGUGCACUUCGUGCCGUGCAAAGUUGAGCUGGGAGACCCGGACAUAAAUGAGUUCGUGAAUGAACUUGGAGAUCUUCAUGGAAGUACAAUGAUUGUGUCCAAUACGAUACCGGCAAAAAACCUCAGCGUUCUGUACCAACAGUCCAUGAAGAAUGUGGUUGGUGAAGAACAGAAAGGGAGACUUGGCUAG